AGUAAGAGAGAGAGAGAGAGACAGGCAGAGCGUGAUACCUGUGCGGCUGCUUUAGUUCCAGGUCAGCAGACAGUCUGGAGCUCGAGCUUUGGUCGUCAGGCCUGCUUUGAUGACCGUGCGCGGACCUUUGAUGUGGUUUACUGAGAGAUCUGUGUAGAUGCGCGUGGACAGCAGAACUCAGGUAGGCAUGGAGGAGAGCGGAGUCCAGUCAGCAGCUGUGGGACUCCACGCGGUGAACCCGGCCAAGCGGCAGGCGGUGAAGAGGCACCACCACAAACACAACCUCAAACACAGAUACGAGUUCCUGGAGACUCUGGGCAAAGGGACGUACGGGAAAGUGAAGAAGGCGGUGGAGAGGUCAGGCAGGAUGGUGGCCAUCAAGUCGAUCAGGAAAGAAAACAUUAAAGAUGAGCAGGACCUCACACACAUCCGGAGAGAGAUAGAGAUCAUGUCCUCCCUCAAUCACCCCUACAUCAUCACCAUUUACGAAGUGUUUGAGAAUAAGGAUAAGAUCGUGAUCGUGAUGGAGUACGCCAGCAAGGGGGAUCUGUUCGACUACAUCAGCGAGAGGCAGGUUUCCGAGAAAGAAGCGAGACAUUUCUUCAGGCAGAUCGUUUCGGCUGUUCACUACUGCCAUCGGAACGGGAUCGUGCACCGGGACCUGAAGCUGGAGAACAUCCUGUUGGACCAGAACGGAGACGUAAAGAUUGCUGACUUUGGCCUGUCUAACCUGUACGGACGUGAUGAGUAUCUGCAGACGUACUGCGGCAGUCCACUUUACGCCUCUCCUGAAAUUGUAAACGGUCGGCCAUAUAAAGGGCCUGAGGUGGACAGCUGGUCUCUGGGGGUUCUGCUCUACACUCUGGUGCACGGCGCCAUGCCUUUCGACGGACGUGACUACAAGAGCCUAGUCCGACAAAUCAGCACUGGGGACUAUCACAGACCCACUAAACCAUCAGAUGCCUGUGGUUUGAUUCGCUGGAUGCUGAUGGUGAAUCCCGAGCGCAGGGCAACUCUGGAUGAAAUCGCUGGCCACUGGUGGCUCAACUGGGGCUACCAGCGCCCUCUGCUGGCCGAGAGCGAGACAGCAGCAUCGGCUGGGGCUCCACAGAACACAGGAGUGCCCACAGCGGCCCAAACGGGCGGCUCGACCCGCAUCGCAGACUGGUUGAGAAGGACCACUCGACCCCUCCUGCAAAGCAACUCUAAGAUGCGCUGCCUGCUGCGCCCUGGAGGGGGAGCUACAGGGGAUGCAACGGUGACGAGACAGCGCUCGAUCCGCAGGUCACGCAAAGAAAACAACGUCUCCCAGAGCAUGCAGGAGAAUAACGGCUCCCGGCCCUUCAAAGGCAUCCUGAAAAAACGUGGCAGCUUGAAGCAGAAGCAGGCCAGCGAAGCCCCAGUUCCGCCUUUGGAAGAAAAAACGUCAAACGCCAUUGUGGCCCCUCCUGCUGCUCCGCCUCCAGCUCCUCCUCCCCGUAAAGGCAUUCUUAAGAAGCCGGUAGAGAGGGAGUCGGGGUAUUAUUCCUCCUCUCCAGACAGCAGCGAUUCUGCCCAAACUCCCCAGCACCCGCUUUGUCCGUCAACGCCACCACGGCGGAAAGGCAUCCUCAAACGCCACGGCAAGUUUUCCACCGGCGGCCUGCAGGAAUUCGGAUCUUUGGACCAACUGGCAGCCUCCCUGCCACCAGGGGGCAGCAGAUCGAGACCCAGCGGCGCCAUCAGCGAGGACAGCAUCCUUUCCUCAGAGUCGUUCGAUCGCUUAGACCUUCCAGACCGCCACGAUCCUGUGGCGACGGUGGAGCGUCCAGCAGGGGGCAGCACUACGAUGCGCGGCAGCGUUUCCGCCGACAAUCUACUGGACCUGAAAGAAAACAGGGCGGCGGCUCCACGUCAGGGAUACUGGGAUAUGGACACGGCUUAUAAGGCCAGGGUGGGCGACAGCACCUUCUCCAUCACGGACUGCGAAAACAUGACGGAGGUCUACAAGAUGGCGCUUAGUGGGGCGUGCGCUAGCUGAGAUUAUGCACUGGGACUGUUAGCAUGAGUCCAUUUCAGGGUGUUUGCAUGGGGAAAAAAGUGUCAUGGAAGCAGCAGUCUAGUCAGGAAAGACUUUUACGUUAUGUUACAUGAUGUCUACUUGAAAAAAAUGAUUGACAGCCUUCUGAGGUGACGCCAAAAAGGGUUAGCAAAGGGAACAGCGUUUUGAGGCUAGGCUGGUUAACACUAGACUACUAGGAGUACAGUAGGGCAUGCCGUGCAGGAGUCUGCAGGCCUUCCAACAGCAUUUCAUGAUGUUUUCUCACAGAUCUUGGUAAACUUGAUGACCGCUGAGACUGCAUUCAGUCUAAAUGUGCGAUGUGCACCUUGUUUUAUGAGACUGCUGUUGAAGUUAAAAGAAGAACCAAAGAUACUCGGCCACGGUCAGUUUCGCAUCCGCAAACGCACAGUAAUAGAAACCACUGCAGAGGGAAAGAGGAUGCGAAGUCCAGUUCCAGGGAAAGCGGUGUAUUACAAACAGAAUGGUCAAAGGUCCACAGCUCAAAGGGUUCAUCAGUGGUGAGGCACAGUUUCUUUACGAAAUGAAAACUGGUAACCUUGUUAAUGUUUAACUUUUACGACAAACGGCCGGCGGGUCCUUAUCUCAGCCCAAAUACCAGACACACGUUUAUUGCCUUAUGAAUUUUCUUGAUUACCUGAGAAGGAUGGACAGCUGUAAACAGUCUGGAUGGGAAUUUUGUGUCAUGUAGUGAAAACAAACAAAAUUUCUUCUUUUUUCGUGCCCAAAUAUUUUUGGCCCAGUCAGUUGACGUUUGGAUCAGUGUGGUUUAAAAAAAAAGGAAUGAAGGCAGAUAUUUGAGCAGUCAUGUUCUGAAAGCAGAAUAUGUUCUGUCGCCAUAUUUCACUGUUUCAAAAUGAGGGAAUUUCACACACAGGAACAUACAGAUAAAUUAUUACAGUAAUAAAUUUUUUUUGAUUUAUUAUUUCAUCUGCUUGGCUUGGACUGCAAAAUCAGGUCUUGCCGGAAUGUGAUCAGUAUUUCUGAUGUUUAUUUUCUUUGUCAUUGUUUUCAUAAUUUAUAAGUGGGAACGAAACACGCUACACAAUUCUGUUCAACAUCAAACCAUGCUUGCCUUUGCCAAAGUGCCUGACUUAUCUGUAGCACCUCACUGUGGCCAUCUUCACUGAAUGCCGAAACUGGCUCAGUGGAUCAAUAAAAACCCUCAAACAAGA